AUGGCAUCAUCUCUUCCUCAGUUCUACGGCGCCGAUUUCACAUUUUCCGGCGAGACUUCUUCGCAGUUUCACACCUCUUCUUCAUGUCCUGACGUCUCAGCUCUAUCCAACUACAUCGACGAUUACAGCUCCUUCAGCACCUCUUCCAAUCCUGAUUCCAUCUUCUUACCACAAUUUUAUGGGAUUUCUGACGUCUCUCUGCCGGAGUACAACAAUUAUUACCAGAAUAAUAAUGCUACACAAUACUUUCAUUGUGGAGAUCAAGAAUACUACGGCUUUUCACCGGAGAUCAAGCCCAUGUUUCGUCCGUCCACCGGAGAGCAAACCUGGGGAAAUAAUGAAGGAGGGAUACAAGCUGAGACAAACACAAAAGUGGGACGCUAUUCGGUUGAAGAACGUAAAGACAGAAUCAUGAGGUACUUGAAGAAGAAGAACCAGCGCAACUUCAACAAGACCAUCAAGUAUGUGUGUCGUAAAACCCUAGCCGACCGGCGUGUUCGUGUUCGGGGACGAUUUGCUAGAAACAAUGACACAUGUGAACAACAAUCUCCCACGUCUAAGAAUCAUAGUAACCAUUCCGAGAAGGAUGAAGAUGUGUUUUCGGGAUCAGACGACUAUCUAGUCCAGAUGGAAAAUGACGACGGAUGGCUUCACGAAGCAAUGUCUAAUCUGAUUUCUUUUCCUUGUGAAUUGGACGCCCCUGGAGAUGCUCAUCAUCCAAACACUUGGAGCUUCUGA